CCAAGGUUGAAAUGCUUUGCUAAUACGGAUGAGAUUUGAUAAUGCGGAUUGUGCGGAUGAUGCCGGACGAUGCCGAACGAAAUAUUAACGCUGGAUAAAGAAUGGGUAUUGGAUGGCGAACAGGACAGAAACGGGUUUUGGUUCGUCAAGAGACGACAAUUCAUGCUAAGAAGAGAGAUGCUAUUGUUCGCUGCACGAUUAAGUCAUCGUGGUAAUAGGUCUUGAAGAACAGGAAAUCAUGACAAAUCUAGCGAUUGAUAGAGUUGUAAUGAG